UGUUUACAGCAAAGUGAAUUGGUCGCUCGACGUGUUUGGAUUACCGAUAGUUUCCAAGGGAUUUGUUUGUGAAGUUUCACGUUUCAGCUCUUUUUGUCCAUUUUCGAGGUUGGCAAUCAUGGUGGCGAUGACGAAGAAAGUUAAAAUCUUUCAGAUAAUCUUUUCCGAUCCCAGUAAGACUUUUUACUGCGGCGGAGACACGGUGUCUGGCCGUGUCGAAGUGGAAGUCAGCGAAAUGAUGCGGGUGUCCGCGCUGAAGCUUCUGGGUCUGGGCUGCGCCAAGGUGGAGUACGCAAAAGGCAAGCAGCGGUGCCGACAGGAGGCCGAGUACCUCAGACAUGAAUCGGUCCUGCGGCUGCAAGACCAGCCCACAGACUCUGACGGCUCCGUGUUGUUGAGACCUGGCAACAAGUACGAGUACACGUUUGGAUUCGAGCUCCCUCAGCAAGGGCAACUGGUGUCAUCAUACAAGGGGAAGUUCGGCUACGUUCAGUACUGUGUCAAAGCCCUGAUGGAGAGGCCGCAGCAGCCCGUGCUAGAGUGCAAGAAGUGUUUCGAGGUGGAGGAGCCACUGGAUGUCAACACCCCAGACCUGCUGUCUCCAGCAGGUGGCAUGAAGGAGAAGAAAGUCACCUGCAUGUUCAUCCCUGACGGUCAGGUGUCAUUGAAUGCAAAAAUUGACCGGCGUGGAUUCUGUGAAGGCGAAGAGAUCUGCAUCAAUGCAAAGUUUGAGAACACCUGCUCCCGCAUUGUUGUGCCCAAGGCUGCCAUCAUAGCCAAACACACCUACCAGGCAAACGGCCGCACCAAGAUCCUACGCCAGAAGCUGUCCUCGGUGCGUGGUAACCACAUCAUCUCUGGGAUGUGCGACGCCUGGCAGGGAAAAACUAUCAGGGUACCGAAGAUCAAACCAUCCAUGCUGGGCUGCAACAUCAUCCGCGUGGAGUACGCUCUGAUGAUUUACAUACACAUUCCUGGUAGUGACAAGCUGAUCCUGGAGUUGCCUUUGGUCAUUGGGACUGCCGGUCUGGGCAGCCGCAGCAACAGUGUGAGCAGCCAGGACAGUUCAGCCAGCAUUGCCUCCCAGAGCUGGGUGUCUCUCAGGAUGCCUUCUGAACCUCCGAGCUACUGCGACGUGACCCGGGACUGCCGCCUAGACCAGCCUCUCACACCUCUCCUUGAUGACUUUGACGGCGAUGGGAGUCCCAUCUUCAUGAACGCACCAGCCUUCCAGUACCCAGCGCCCCCAGCAUACAGUGAGGCAGAGGAGGAGUUCAACGGCAAUGCUCGCAUGCUGCCGGUCUGCUGAAGUCUACCAGUGGGAACCGUGGAACUGUGGUCCACCUGUUAAGGACCAAACUUGAAAACAGGCAGAAGGUCUAAACUCCAGAGAAGGUUGGAUGGAGAAGUAAAGGCACGAGUGUGGAGGUGGACAGAAAUGUUGGUCGUUUGUUACAUCAGCUGCCUUCAACCUGCUUCAUCGCUUAUGAGUCUUCCUGCUCGUGCUCUUCAGACCAGAGAUGUUGAGGCCAGAUGGCACAGUGCUGCAUUUCUGAAUAAGCUGCCCUUUCCAGAGACUGCCAGAGUCUCACUCUCCAUUUACAGCCACUAUGACUUUGUUACUGGGCCAAGCACUGGCCUGCUGUGGCACCGUGGCUUUUUCUCAUUCCGCUCCAAGCCUGUAUUUUUACAGGACUACACAAAAGGAAACAUCCUUUUACCAGUCCACUCAGUUUGCAUCGCUGUUACGAAUUUGUUGGGAACACUGUUGCUUUUCAGAAUUACAGCAUGUAAAUUUCUUCCUUAAAUGUCAGUAGUAUUGCCAGUGUUUGAAAAAAGUCCUUUAUUCCUGUAUUGUUGCACUUUUUGAUCGCUUUUGACUCUACUACUGCCUAGAAGACUCUCUGUUCAGUUGAACAAUGUUUUUGAUGUGGAGAUAUGCGACUUCCAAAUCACAGCUUGGUGACUGGCGCUAAUUACUGCGAGUGCCGUCCAUACCACACGCUCUCUAUGGAACGCACUUUAUCUGAGGUGAAUCCUUGUAUCUGAUCUGCAGUUAUCCCACGCAACAUUUCAUUUAAGAGUUCCACUUUUGUGAAUUCACAACUUCUGUUCUUUCAGGGCGCAGGGAAAUCACUGUUAAUGACUGAUUUGUGAGAAAAUAUGUUUGUAAUACGCUCUUGAUACGUGCAGAUGUUUUUGUAUGAAACCCUAUGGGUUCUUUUUUUUUUAUUAAAAACUAUCCACUCA